UUUUAAGCACAAAAUUGGAGUCCUACUUCUCUGUAAUCAUGCCAAGAGUACCACCACAACAGCAACAGAAAAGUACAAACAUGGAGGAGUUAAAGAAGGGGGCAUGGUCUCCUGAAGAAGACAAAAAACUGAGAGCUUAUAUCAUGAAAUAUGGCAUUUGGAAUUGGAGUCAAAUGCCCAAAUUUGCAGGGCUUUCAAGAACGGGGAAAAGUUGUAGACUCCGAUGGGUUAACUAUCUCAGCCCUGAUGUUAAAAGAGGACCCUUUAGCAUGGAAGAAGUUGAUAUAGUCGUCAAAAUGUAUCAGGAACUUGGAAACAGAUGGUCAACCAUUGCUGCAAGAUUGCCAGGAAGAACAGACAACGAAGUUAAAAACUUCUUCCACACACACUUAAAGAAGCAUUUGGGAGUCAAAAAUAAUGCACUAGUGAAAAGUCCAAGGCAAGACGCAAAAGGGUGGAGAAAACCAAAGAAAAUGAAAAGACAAAUACGAUCAAAGCUGACGAAAGACCUGUCAACACCAGUUUACUAUCACCUCAUGUUUCUUCACCCUGCAGCAGCAUUAUAACAUGUGAAGAAAACCAAAUGAUGGAUGUUGUGAAUUUCUCACAAACGUACCUGAAUUGUUACAACGUUAGUUCACUUCACGAUCAAUCAGAUAUUAACGUGGAAAACACAGUUAUCUUGGAGAGCAACCCGGAAAUAGAUGAAAAUAUUGGUGUUGCUGACUCUGAUCAACUUUGUCAUCAGUUUGAUCAGUACUCCCAUGCAUGUUCCAUUUCCGAUAUUGGUACAAGCUUUAAUUACUCUAUCGAUCAGUUCGAUAUGAAUUCCUUCUGGCUUGAUGUAAUUAGGGGUUUAGAUCAUUUUAUUUUCUGAAAGAUGUAACAACAUAGAAAUAUCCAUGUCCAGUCCUAGUUUUUGUUUA